AUGAAACCUACGAUCGCCACCGUACGGGCGCUUUUUGGCAUAUCCAAGACGCAUUUCGCGCCCACGCUGUACGAUCCGCGAGAUACCUCUCUUGUCAGUCGGGACUAUCAUAAUUUGAUGGAGCAGUAUUUUUCUGAUCCCGAUGUGAUGAAGUGCAUCCAAGACCGCUUGAUCAUGUCGCAGCAUCUCAACAACAGCCAGAUAAAAGCAGUGGCAGGAGCCCUGUAUGCGGUGGAUCCGUCGUGGUGUGGUAAAAGCCCCCAUGGAGUCGUCGGGGCCCCAAAACACAAAGUGGAUGCAACGAGUGAAAUUUAUCGACGCAGGGGUGGAUUGAAUGUUCCAAUACCAGAUAUUUACAUCAUUGAGGGGCCACCUGGUACCGGCAAAACCCAUACUGUAUCGACAUUCAUAUUAAAUCUUAUACACUACUUGGGUCCUGAUAGCCGCAUCUUGCUAUGCGGGCCAUCCAAUACCGCAGUUGAUGAAGUUCUACUGCGCGUUCUGAAACACCGGAAACUACUCAAUAAUGAACCCUUUACAGUACCGACGAAGACGAGCACUUUUGCGGCAAAAACGGAGCUUCUACGCGUUGGUAUGCGGGAUAAAGUAUCCAAAGAUGUCCUCAACCAUCGCCCGUUUUUGUUUCUGGAUGACAUAAUCAGUGAGAUAAAUAAAGAGAAUGAAUCCAAAGGAAUAUCAGCCACGGUAUAUUUUCCUUCGGGGCGAACUCGUUCGAGAUACAAUACUUCAAUACGCUCUGAAGUCAUUGGUUCCUGUCCUGUUAUUUUCACUACCCUUGGCUCUAUCCAUCAACUUCAGCGGCUGAAUAUUCUUUUUGAUGUAGUUAUUGUUGAUGAGGUCUCCCAAGCCACAGAGCCCACCAUUCUGCCAGCCCUCAUGUCCGCGACGGGUAAGUGUAUCUUGGUUGGGGACUGGAAGCAGCUGCAGCCAACUGUCCUGCAUCCAAACUCCGCGCGUUGCGGACUAAAAUAUAGUCUGAUGGAAAGGCUUCUGCGAAACGGAUUCUCAUCUCAACUUCUGUGCAUACAGUAUCGCAUGCACCCCACCAUUUGUGCCUUUCCAAACCGCUACUUCUAUCAAGGCAAACUGCAAACCGACUUAUCAGUAUUGCAGCGCCAGAGUGAGGGACGUGUAUCCACACAUAAGGAAACAAGGGAAGAUGGACAGAGGCAGGAAAUGGAACCGGUGCUUCUUUCCUUGCGUAAGAAAACGAUAGCACUGAAAUUGGCGACAAUCACGCGUUUAGCUUUUGUCGAUGUACCAAACGGGGUAAUGAAGCGGAGGCGUGGCAACUCCUGGCAUAAUACACGCGAAGCGGAAGCUCUUUUGCGAUUCAUGCGUCAAAUCCGAAGCUAUUUGGGGCUCACUAUCGAGGAGUUCGCUGAGCAUGCUUGUAUAGUAACGUAUUAUACAUCGCAACGAGAUACUAUCAUUCAGUCUCUAGCCUUUGAGGAGAGGCGUAGCGGGAUUCAGGUCGCCACUGUGGACAGUUUUCAAGGUAAAGAAAAGGAUAUUAUCCUUGUCAGCUGUGUGCGCGCUGACGUCAAUCCAAAUGCAUCUAAAAGGGGGGUGAGAGGAAGAUUUCAAAAUGAAAGUGUGAAUGCUCAGCGAGUUCAGGCGUCGGAAUCCAGAUCUCCAACUGAUGUGUGUGCGGAAGCGUUCUCGGAUGAACUUGGUUUCUUGAGAAAUUGGCAUCGCAUCAACGUCUCACUGACGCGUGCAAAGGAGCUGUGCAUUGUCUUUGGUCACCGCAAAACUCUCGAGACGACCGCGCGGAAGGAUAUGCAGGUGACAGAGAAUAGCGCAGUGCCCCGCGCUGUCAGCGUUGGCAAAUGCGGGGAAACUGGCGUGAUGAUGGGGAACCCAUCACAAAGAAAAGUCAUUGAAAACAUAACGGAUAUGGAUGAGAACCCGUUUAUCCUUAGCGAUUUCAUUCAGCACGUCGUGCAGCAUGAUUGCAACUCAAUAAAUAAAACAGAGACAAACACUGGAGGUGCAUGUGAACAAGCAUCCUGUAAGAAUAGUGUUGUCUGUAUCUCAUCAGACAGCUCAGUGGAGCAGGAAACGAAAAACAAGGUUCGCAGUAUCAAGGGCGGUGUUUCGGCAUGUCAGACCGCUUACAUAACAUACAAAAACAAUAUGAUGUUUCUACCCUACCUACAAAAACAACAACCCUAA